CCCAGGUUAAUCCGCCUACGUUGUCAUAUCCACAGGACUCGACUACCUCAUAUCCAAUACUGACUACCACUUCUAAUAUCUCUCCGUACAGGCUCCAGCUCAUCGAGCCCUUACACCUGACAGACACCAGUUUCCGGGAAGUCUCCGUCUCGCCAGACGCACAAGGUACUUGGUGGCGGGUCAAAUAACCCACGCCAUGGCAGCCCCGCUGGAGACCGUACGACUCACGGCCUUCGUCAUCACCUUCUCACUCCUUGUGUUGCCAUCUAUGCCGUGGGUCGUUCCCCAGCCAAGAAAGAACGUUUGGAGAACUCUCGCCGACGCCCUCGGUCAAGACAGUCUUUGCCUCACCACCGCAUCAGCAGCAGACCCCUUGUCCACCUGCCUUGUGGGGAUCCCGUCUCCUCCAGAUGAGUUGCCCCCAUCCAUCCGUGAUUCUCUAGAGCCUUUCUUUGAAAAUAAAAUCAACCGCCCCUCUGACCCUAACCCUAAUGUUGUCUGGAGGAGAUUUGCCAACAGACUAAAUCAGUCCAAAACCGAACCCCUAGAAUUAAAAUUGCUCGGGUCCUCCGCAUUUCAUUUUUGCAUUCAGUUCUUCCCUUACUCCGACCUAGACACUUCCCUACAAAUUGCAAAUAUCACCGCAAAUGUCUCACUUUGCCCUUCCCUGUCACAGAUUACAACCUCGAUUACCCAGGACUUUAAACCUCGCUCUCUACCCAACGGUUAUUUUUUCAUUUGUGGGGACCGAGCUUGGCAAGGCAUCCCCUCUCGCCUUCUCGGAGGCCCAUGUACUAUCGGCCGGCUGUCGCUGUUUACACCCAGCACAAGUCAAAUUGUUAAUUGGCAGAAGAUAGAAGUCGCACCAAAUUCGAAUCGGACAAGACGAGAUUUAACUAAUUUGGACAGUUUGUGCGACGAAGAGAUUUUCCAUUGGAGUAAGCCAGAGGAGGUGGCAUGGAUCACCUUCCUCCCCUGGGUGGCAGUCGCUCAAUCAUUAGGCGAAUUGGGCCACCUCGAGUGCUGGGUGGCGAAACAAGCAAAUCUUACAUCAGCCGCGCUAAGUGACCUUCUACAAGACGAGGAAAUCACAAGGCAGGCCACUUUGCAGAACAGGGCAGCAAUAGAUUUUCUAUUGCUGCUCCAUGACCAUCGCUGCCAGGACUUUGAGGGGCUCUGCUGCUUGAAUUUGACUUCUAAGGCCGAGGACGUCCGUCUCGCCAUUGAUCAGAUGCGAGAGAUGAUCAGCAAAAUCAAGGAAGACUCCGCGGACUGGCUGGGGAACUUGUUCUCAGGAUGGGGACUGUCAGGGUGGCUUGGGUCGGUGUUAAAAACUAUUAUUUUAGUUGUGUUUGUUGUUUUACUGGUUCUUAUCGUUAUUUCAAUUUUAUGGACAAUUCUUAAGAGACUCAUGAUUAAGUUGACUGCCCCAGCGGUCGUAAACCAUGUGAUGGAGCUUCAGCCAUCAGAAGGAGAAGAAGAUCUACGGUACGAGGACUUUGGUUACGACUGCUGGGAAGAAGAUGUUUAGUUCCGUUUAUUUUUCUUUAUUUUUAAACAAAAAAGGGGGAGAUGUGGGAUCGCGCUGGCCCGCUCCCCCCUGUCUUUAUGUUUGGUCCGGUCCCAGGACAACAGUUACCUGUCAAUCUCCCUCACUCCUCCUUCGCUCCUCCCCAGUUUGGUUAGGUUCCUCCCCGAGUCCCUGUCCGUCAUCCAGCACACUCUUCCCACCUUCUAGAAGUUUCUCUGAGUUCUGCGGGGUGAUUGGACGAGGGGCCGGGGACACUCCCCUGAGUUACUCUGGUUGGUUGUUAGGUUUGUCUGUUAAUAUCUUGUUACUCCCCCCCUACCCCCUGAUUGGUUGCUUUGUAUCCCUUAUAACCUGCUGUCGGGCACAUUUCUCGGUCUUUCGGCGGUCCUCCCUUGGGAAUUAAACCGAACUUUGGCACCCCGAA